CCCAUUACAUCAUCCAGCCCAGGAACAAGUGGAAGUGAAUGGAAGAGCGAUGAUGCCGGUGUCCUCAGGAGAGUUGCGGAGGGAGGGAUCAGCAUACUCCCCAUCCCGCAUAUAUAAGGGCGAAGACGGGGGACCUGGCAGCUCACACACCAUCACCCGGCGGCAGUGCACAGGAGCCAGGGAAGCCAAAAAACAAGAAAGGGCUGAAACAUCCGCACAAAGAAACCGCAACUAAUACCCCGAGCUUCCCUGCAUCACCCAGACACAGCCAUGCGUGAGAUCGUGCACCUCCAAGCCGGCCAAUGUGGGAACCAGAUCGGCGCAAAGUUCUGGGAAGUCAUCAGUGAUGAACACGGCAUUGAUCCAACUGGUAGUUACCAUGGAGACAGUGACCUGCAACUGGAAAGAAUCAAUGUAUAUUAUAAUGAAGCCACGGGUAAUAAAUUUGUACCACGCGCAAUCCUUGUGGAUUUGGAACCCGGCACAAUGGAUUCUGUAAGAUCAGGACCAUUUGGACAGAUAUUUAGACCAGACAACUUUGUAUUUGGACAGAGUGGUGCAGGAAACAACUGGGCCAAAGGUCACUACACCGAAGGGGCUGAGCUGGUGGAUUCUGUUCUAGAUGUAGUGAGGAAGGAAUCUGAAAGCUGUGAUUGCCUACAGGGUUUUCAGCUGACCCACUCAUUGGGUGGUGGCACUGGCUCCGGUAUGGGUACACUGCUCAUCAGCAAGAUUAGGGAAGAGUACCCAGACCGAAUCAUGAACACAUUUAGUGUGAUGCCAUCACCCAAAGUCUCAGACACUGUGGUUGAACCAUACAAUGCCACCCUCUCUGUGCACCAGUUGGUGGAAAACACAGAUGAAACCUACUGCAUAGACAAUGAAGCCCUCUAUGAUAUCUGCUUCCGCACUUUAAAGCUAACAACACCAACGUAUGGUGACCUCAAUCAUCUGGUAUCUGCUACAAUGAGUGGGGUAACAACUUGCCUUCGCUUCCCAGGCCAACUGAAUGCAGACUUGCGAAAACUGGCUGUCAACAUGGUGCCUUUUCCACGACUGCACUUUUUUAUGCCCGGUUUUGCCCCACUAACAAGCCGUGGCAGCCAGCAAUACCGUGCACUGACGGUGCCAGAACUUACACAGCAAAUGUUCGACUCCAAGAACAUGAUGGCAGCUUGUGACCCCCGCCAUGGUCGCUACCUCACAGUGGCUGCUAUUUUCCGAGGAAGAAUGUCCAUGAAGGAGGUUGAUGAGCAAAUGCUUAAUGUCCAAAAUAAAAACAGCAGCUACUUUGUUGAAUGGAUCCCUAACAAUGUGAAAACCGCAGUGUGCGACAUUCCACCACGAGGCCUCAAAAUGUCUGCCACAUUUAUUGGCAAUAGCACAGCCAUUCAAGAGCUGUUUAAGAGAAUCUCGGAGCAGUUUACAGCUAUGUUCAGAAGAAAAGCCUUCUUACACUGGUACACAGGUGAAGGAAUGGAUGAGAUGGAAUUCACUGAAGCCGAAAGCAACAUGAACGACCUGGUUUCAGAGUACCAACAGUACCAAGAUGCCACUGCAGAUGAGCAAGGAGAAUUUGAAGAGGAAGGAGAAGAAGAUGAAGCUUGAUGGCAAGAAAAGGCUUGUGUUUUUAGAAAACAAAGAAAAGGCACAAUUUAUAAGUAGCCAGUAUGUCUGCCGCGACAUUUGUGUCCAAGCAUGUGUUUAUUUUCUAUUGUCAAAGAAGUCAGGAUCAGUUUUUGUUACCUUAACAAUAUCAAAGUAACAGUUGAUGUUUUAGACUCUUCUAAUUCAUGAGAAGACCUAUGCUAUGUUUAGGAGGCUGUAGAAGUGAUUUGAAUGCAAUUAGAUGUUGUUGCACUGGAUGAGAUCAUAAAACAAAGUAUUUGUGUGAA